AUGGAACCUAGUUCUAGUAAAAGAAAAAAAACAAGCGAUGCAUUCUCACCAACAGUUUUCGAAGAUUUAAAAACUAAUUUCGAGGUUAUCGAGCAGCGAGCUUCUUUAUUUCAUAAGCUGAAUGAUAUUCUAACUACGUCGUACGCUCAAAAUAAGUCAGUUAAUGAUAACGUACAUCAAGGCUACAAAGACGCCAUAGAGAUUAAUAAAGAUAAUAUUAACAAUACACUUUCUGACUUAACGAAGAAGUUGGAAUCAUUGGGCAUUCAGAAAGCAGAAAAUUUUGAAAGAAGACGACAUGAAUUUUUGGAGCAUAUUAAAAGCGUGACCCAAAAUGCUUCCACUCUUUAUGCAGUUUAUGAAAAGCUCUUCAAUGUCACGAGAAAAUCUAAGGAAGCGUUGGACAACAUCGAAACAACUUUACGUAAAGAUUUGGAGAAUUUGAAAUCUAAAUCCGAUGAGACAAGAGCUCGUGGUGACAGUAUACAACAAGAAAUCAGUAGAAUUGGAAAUGAUGAAGAAACUGAGAUGGAGCAAACAGGAAUUUUUCGUGAUAUCACUACGACAGAGUCGGAACAAAUCACCCACGAAAAUAACGCUGAAGCUGCUGCUCAUGAAGAGUUAGAAAAUUGCCGGAAGCAAUUGCAUGCUGCUAAGCAACAUCUUCAAGUAAUGAAUCAGGAUAAAUGUCAAAUUGAAUGUGAUGUUGCAUAUACGAACGAACUGCUUAGUAAAGUUAGCGAGCAGCUUUCUAACGAACGGUGUAUUCUCAGUUCCUUACAGGAAGAGUUACAAACGUUGAGCAAGAGCAGUGAUUUGAAGACUCAAAACAAGUGUACUGAAGAAAAUAUUAGUAAUAGAGAACAAGAAAUUGAUAAGCUCAAAGAACUUAUCACGGGUUUGAGAAAGGAGUUAGAGAUUACAGAAAACAUAGAUAUUAAUGCUCUAACAGAACAAUUGGAAUCAAAGUUUUCUGAAUUGUCCGAAGCAAUUGACGUUCUAAAAGCGAAGAUGAGUGAAAUGCAGACGUUCAAGGAAAAGAAAGAAGAAGAGGAGAAAUUGGUGCUUGAGGAACUUCGCAACGAAGAGAAACGAAUCACUCAAACAUUUUCUGAACUAGAUACUGCUAAUCAACAGAUCGAGAAAAAAAACCAAGAAAUGGUUCAGACUGUCCAUAAUCUUCGCCUCGAAAUUGAGAAACUGAAGGAGAGAAAAAUGAUGUUAGACAAAUCCAGCACACAUUUAGAGAAUUCGAAAAGCUCAAGUCAAAGAGUUUCCUCUACCAGCAAAAAUCCGAAAAUGUAUCGUACGCCCGUUACAUUAGAGCCAAGAGUGGAAAAAAAGAAGAAUUAUCAUAAUUCUUCGGGAGAAGAAGAUGUCUCUUCCUGUGUUCCUGAGAUUGAUGGAAUUCAAUCAUUCUCUCCAAAAACCAUAAAUAAGAAGAAGCAAAAAGAGUCAAAGGCGAAAAAAAGAGAGGGACGACGUACUACGAGGCUUUCGAAACAAUUAGAAGAAGCGAAAGAGUCUAAUAUAUCCAGUGAUCACAGCUUCUCUAAUAUACCGCGAGAAAACGUUAUCGAAAACCGUUUUCCACAUGACAUGUAUUUAUUAUCCUCAGAACUUCUAGAGGAGAGAACAAGUGCUGAAAUGAACGUAUCCGGGUUUGAUGAUAAUGCCAAUUCCACAAUAGGUUCCAUGUUAUUUUGA